UAGAAUGUAUGACAACAUGUCCACAAUGGUGUACAUAAAGGAAGACAAGUUGGAGAAGCUCACGCAAGAUGAAAUCAUUUCUAAAACAAAGCAAGUAAUCCAGGGGCUGGAGGCUCUGAAGAAUGAGCACAACUCCAUCUUGCAGAGUUUGCUGGAGACACUGAAGUGCUUGAAGAAAGAUGACGAGAGCAACCUGGUGGAGGAGAAGUCCAACAUGAUCCGGAAGUCCCUGGAGAUGCUGGAGCUUGGCCUGAGCGAGGCACAGGUGAUGAUGGCUUUGUCAAAUCAUCUGAAUGCCGUGGAGUCAGAGAAGCAGAAACUGCGCGCGCAGGUUCGUCGUCUGUGCCAGGAGAAUCAGUGGCUGCGGGAUGAGCUGGCCAACACGCAGCAGAAGUUACAGAAGAGCGAGCAGUCGGUGGCUCAGCUGGAGGAGGAGAAGAAGCACUUGGAGUUCAUGAACCAGCUGAAGAAAUAUGAUGAUGAUAUUUCUCCCUCAGAGGACAAAGACUCUGACUCUGCCAAAGAGCCCCUGGACGACCUCUUCCCAAAUGACGAGGACGACCCAGGCCAAGGAAUCCAGCAGCCACACAGUAGUGCGGCUGCCGCUGCCCAGCAGGGUGGCUAUGAGAUCCCUGCCCGGCUGCGCACUCUCCACAACUUGGUGAUCCAGUACGCUUCGCAAGGGCGCUACGAAGUGGCUGUGCCGCUCUGCAAGCAGGCUCUGGAGGACCUGGAGAAGACUUCUGGCCAUGACCACCCUGACGUGGCCACCAUGCUCAACAUCCUGGCCUUGGUGUACAGGGACCAGAAUAAAUACAAAGAUGCAGCCAAUCUCCUGAAUGAUGCUUUGGCCAUCCGUGAGAAAACUCUGGGCAAGGACCAUCCUGCGGUGGCGGCAACUCUGAACAACCUUGCAGUCCUGUAUGGUAAACGAGGAAAGUAUAAAGAGGCCGAGCCACUGUGUAAAAGAGCCCUGGAGAUCAGAGAAAAGGUCUUGGGAAAGGAUCACCCUGACGUUGCCAAGCAGUUGAAUAACUUGGCCUUACUGUGCCAGAACCAGGGCAAGUAUGAAGAGGUGGAAUAUUACUAUCAGAGAGCCCUGGAGAUCUACCAGACAAAACUGGGUCCUGAUGACCCCAACGUGGCCAAGACCAAGAACAACCUGGCAUCCUGUUACCUGAAACAAGGAAAGUUCAAGCAAGCGGAAACACUGUACAAAGAGAUUCUCACCCGUGCGCAUGAGCGGGAAUUUGGUUCUGUGGAUGAUGAAAAUAAGCCCAUUUGGAUGCAUGCUGAAGAAAGAGAAGAGUGCAAAGGAAAGCAGAAGGAUGGGACAUCUUUUGGAGAGUAUGGUGGCUGGUACAAAGCCUGCAAAGUUGAUAGUCCGACUGUCACGACCACAUUGAAAAACCUUGGAGCACUUUAUCGACGUCAAGGGAAAUUUGAAGCUGCAGAAACUUUAGAAGAAGCCGCCAUGCGAUCACGUAAGCAGGGUCUUGACACUGUUCACAAACAGCGAGUGGCUGAAGUGCUCAACGACCCCGAGAGCACGGAGAAGCGACGGAGCCGGGAGAGCCUCAGCUCAGACGCGGUCAAGUAUGAGAGUGGCGCGGAUGGAGGGGAGGAAGUGAGUAUGAGCGUAGAGUGGAACGGGGACGGCACUGGAUCUUUAAAGCGCAGUGGUUCCUUUAGCAAACUCCGGGCUUCCAUUAGACGCAGCAGUGAGAAGCUGGUUAGGAAGCUGAAGGGAGGAAGUUCACGAGAGAGUGAGCCAAGGAAUCCCGGGGCAUCCCCAGCAGAGCCUCUGUGUGUGGAGAACGACAGCAGCAGCCUAGAAGACGCCAGCACUAACUGAAAUGGGCCUGGCCUGCUGUAGGAUGCCAGACGCUGCCGCCGCCACUGUGAGCGGCCCAGAGCUGGCCUUGUGACCCAGGGCGAGGACGGGCCCUUGGUGGCCCAGAGCGCUUGGUCUCCAGCCUGCGCCAACAAGGCCACACUACCAACCAUUGCAACUCCAGGCCUUGGCGUGUGGCCAGGCCAGAAGGACAGCAGGCGGUGCACUGUCCCUGGGGCCAUGUGCAGGGCUCCCAUGUCACCGCUCAGGCGUGUGUGAGAAUGUAUUUUAUUGUAAAGUUCCUCAAAGUAAAAGUUUAUAUCCUCA